ACAGCUCCCCUUCGGUGGGUGUCUGGGCUUGGUGAGCCCGCUUCCCCUCCCGCCCGCGCGCCUCUGCGCUCCCCCCGGCGCCAGAAACCAUGCUGUGCUGCCUGCUGGUGAGGGCCAGCAACCUCCCUAGUGUGAAGAAGGACCGCAGCGACCCGGUCGCCAGCUUGACUUUCCGAGGGGUGAAGAAGAGAACCAAAGUCAUCAAGAACAACGUGAACCCUGUGUGGAAUGAGGGCUUUGAGUGGGACCUCAAGGGCAUCCCCCUGGACCAGAGCUCCGAGCUGCAUGUGGUGGUCAAAGACCAUGAGACGAUGGGGAGGAACAGACUGGAGAGGGCAGCGGCACACUGCGGGAGGCAGGCAGGCCGCCAGCAGGGAGCUCUCGAGGAAGGCUUCAUGGAAGAGGUGGGCCUGGAGCUGAGAUUUGUGGUUUGGACGUCGGAACG